AAUAGAUCUAUCAGAUUAUCAGUGGGUUCAUAAAUUUAGGUUCACCUGUUUAGUUAAAGAUUUGAAAUCAAAUAACAAAGUUAGGCUCUUCAAACAACUCCUUCAUGGUGGGCAGUUCUUUGAUAGCAUCCAAGGCUGAGGUGGGGUCAUCUUGUGGUACUAAGCUCAACCCAUCUGAUAUAUCUGUUUGUCCUUGAUGAUUUCACCAUUGGAUGAUUUGAGAGUCUAGAUUGCAGGACUUCAAUUUUUUACUUGAUUGAAACUUAAUCAACUGUUAAUGGGAGGAAAUGCGUAUGCCAAAGUAUGCGGUGCCUCUCAGUGUCCUGGGAACAGUGGCGGGAUGUACAGUAUUACUGAAGGAUUAUAUGGGUGGGUCAAGGUACAGAGGUAACGAAAGAAUCGCAGGAAAAACAGUUGUGAUAACUGGAGCUAAUACGGGCAUAGGAAAAGAAACAGCUAAAGAACUUGCUCGAAGAGGGGGUCGUAUAAUACUGGCUUGUAGAGACAUGGACAAGUGUGAACUGGUUAAAAAAGAAAUCAUUUCAGAAACAUCCAACAAAAGUAUAGAGUGCAGGAAAUUAGACCUGGCAUCUUUGGACUCUGUCAGGGCCUUUUGUGAAACUAUAAAUGCAACGGAGAGCCAUUUAGAUAUACUUAUCAAUAAUGCUGGUGUGAUGAUGUGUCCCAAGAUGCUGACAGAAGAUGGACUGGAGAUGCAGCUUGGUGUAAAUCAUUUUGGUCAUUUUUUACUUACAAAUUUACUGCUCGAUAAAUUAAAAGCUUCUGCGCCAAGUCGCAUCAUAAUUGUUUCUAGUCUGGCACAUACAAGGGGAACAAUUAAUUUUGAUGAUUUGAACAGUGCUAAAGCUUAUAGCAAAAGGGGAGCCUAUGAGCAGAGCAAACUAGCUAACUUACUUCACCAACGAGAGCUGGUGAAAAGAUUAGAAGGCACAGGAGUUACAGUGAACAGCCUUCACCCUGGUGUUGUAGACACAGAGCUGGGAAGGCAUCUACCCUUCACCAAAUCAUUAUUCUCAAGCAUUGUACUCUGGCCUAUAAAAUUUAUCCUUAUGAAAACUCCUGUUCAAGGGGCACAAACUACAAUACGACUUGCAGUAGACCCUACUCUAGAGUCAGUGACUGGCAAAUAUUUCAGCGACUGCCAAGAGAAAGAACCAGCUGAGCAAGCCUUAGAUGACAAUGCAGCUAAACGACUUUGGGCAAUCAGUGAAGCCUGGACUGGUUCAAAUGUUCAACAAGUUUUGUGAACACUAUUCAUGCUAAAUAUUUUUGAUAAAUUAUGCAAUAAAACAAAAUUUACCUUUAAAA